UAUAUUUUUACGAUAUUCUGAAAAUGUAGAAGUGUCAUUGAUCAUAUAAUUCACGUGCUUUCUUGAAACAGGAUUCAGAUAAUCUGGGAAAGAAACCAAAACAAUACUUUAAAUUGUACGAGGGAUUUUACAGGUGACUCACGAAAACGAUUGGAGAAGGGUAUUUUGCACUUCAUAUUAAAUUAGUGCAGCAAAGAAUUCGAAUUCUACAAUCAACUUUUAUGUUGGCGGUUCACGUUUGAAAUUGGUAGCAUUGGGUUUGUAGACGGACAUUUCGAAGGGAGGGUUCGGCUCAUCCUGUUAUCCUGUUUUUCCAUUUUCUCUUGCGUCUACUGGUGCGUUUUGUGAUAAUUAGUUUAAUUACCGUGCGGUGGGUGUUGACAUUACGGACAUACAGUGAAAUUGUUAGGCAGGAGUGGAUGAUUAUUCACUCUGCCUUGUUUGUUUGCAAAAUUGCGUGAUUUAGGAAAAAGUGAAGAGACUGGAAGUUGAAGUGUUAUAUUACGACAUUAAAAGUCGGUGCGGCUUUUCGUCAUGUGGCUAUGUUACACAAAUGUGUGUGGAUUUACAAAGAUUUUCCUUUGAAAGGAAGUAAUUGGAACCUUUAAUUUGCUAGUCAAUCUUUUUGGUUGUGAUCAUGGAAGAACACGAAGGGCAUAUGGUGGUUGAUGGUGAUGAGGCAAUGUCAAAUUUUGAAAGUGAUAAUAUAAUUAUAAACGAAGUAGAUGGUCUACCAAAUAUUCAUCCGAACUACAUCGAAUUAGAUCUGCCCCAACAUACUCCAAGGCAAGCUGCUGAUGGAGCACGAUCUCUUGAUGAUCUUAUUAAUGAUGAAGAUUUACCUACAUCCCUAAUUGUCACCAACCUUGACAGUGCAAUUUUUAAGAACGAAGCUAAAAAGAAAGAGCUGGAAAUGCUGUUUGCUCGUUUUGGGGAACCAGCCAGCUUUCAAUUUUUGCGGAGCUUUCGACGGCUGAGGGUCAACUACAAAUGUCCCGCAGCUGCAGCACGUGCUCGAGUGCAGUUGCAUCAGACACGGUUUGGUGACACCAUCAUUAACUGCUACUUUGCCCAGCCUGUAUCUCCCAUUGAUGGGGACGAUCGCCAUCUGCAGCCUCCAGCUCCUGUAAAGCAGUUCCUGAUUUCUCCGCCUGCGUCUCCCCCCAUUGGAUGGGAGCCAAGAGAUGAGGGAGAGCCUCUUGUAAAUUAUGACUUGCUUGCAGCCAUUGCCAACUUAACCCCAGGAGAAACCCAUGAGUUGCAUCCACCUUCUGACAACCAGCCUGGCAUCGUGGUGCAGGUGUGCGAAGAGGUGGGGACUCCUGGUCCUGGUCAGGUGCGUCCUCGCAUUGUCCAGACCCGCUGCCCCCCGGAGCGUAACUGAGCUGCCACAAGUUCUUGUUGAGUCAUUCACUGUUUAGAGAUUUUUACUUUUUCACUUUCUGUAACGACAGCCAUUGUGAAUUAAGUUUUGAGGAAAUACUAUUAUUCCUAGGAGAUUCUUAUACAAAUGCCAUCUUUUUUAUCAUGAAUCUUCUGGGACAUUUUGAUAUUAGUGAAAGGUUACCUCAAAAGGUAACCUGACUCCAUUUCCAUUAUUAUUUUGUAAUGGUUUUUAAGUGACGUUUCCUACAGAUUUGAGUUCAUAAAUUCAUACAUUCUCUUUGAUUUCUGUUGUUUAAAUACUUAAUCUUUAUUUGUAUUACCCUUAUACAUUGGGUGAAGGAAUGCUUCCCUUGCUUCCCAGAAAAUACAAUGACUAACACUAGUCAUGGCUAUGAUUGUGUAAUCUUUGUUUUGCGAGUGAUUUUUUUAAGUCUGAUUAUUAUAUCAUAUUCCAAUACUUCACAUUUGUAACCUCUUACAAUGAUCCAAGUCUCUCUUGACUACAAUUACUGCAUCAAACUAGCCCACUAGAGAACAGAGCAAUGCACAGGUCUAAUCCCUUACCACUUGGUGGUUGCAGAUGCUUGGUGGAGAUGUGCCGGUCUAGGAUUCCAAGACUUUGAUUUGUAUCAUGUAGACCCAUCUUUGUACAGGUUUUGAAUUUAAAAAAUUCCUACUUCCCUUCUGUGAAGUAUUGUUUUAGAAUGCUUGUUCUAGAAAACUAGCAAUUACUUUGUUAAAUGUUGAGUGUUUGAAUAUAAUGGUUGUAUGUAUUUCUCGUGUCUACUGUUCUCAGCACUGUUUAUUUAUAAAUUCUUUGAAAUCUUACAAUGCAAGCCCUCAUUACCCUGUGUAUAUUCUUACAUGUCUUUCAAAAAAUGUUCAUUACAUUGUUGUGGAAAGGUGGGCACCUUUUAAUCUUUCCAUACUUUAUUUUUAUCUAUUACCUACCAAAAUUGUGAAGAAUGUUCAUUUUUCAAACUGGUUGUAAUAUUUCUACACAUCUAUGAGCAUCUUGUUCCCACAUUCUGCAGAUCAUGUGUCAAUCUCUUUUAUCUUGUAUGUUGUACUCUUAAACAAUUUAUCCUCUUUCAUUGUAAAUGCUCAAGACAAGUUCUUGUAAGUGGUAUGAAUAUUAUUGCCUGGCGCUACAAAUUGAGAUCAGAAACAUUUUUUGUUAGUUUUCCUUAUUCUUGUUUUGCAAGAUGGGUGCCAUUGAAGGAAGUGGGAAUUGUUUGUGUGCUCCUCCAAGAAAAUUGGAGCAGUGCUGUGCGUUGCAUAGGAAAGACUGAAAUCAUGUUUUCUUCUUUCUUGUUACUGUAGAUACUGUACUUGCCAUAUAUUACAUGGCAGUUUAGUUUCUGUGUUAUGGAGAGACUUGUCUAAUGUUUCUCUGAAAAUAAAUUACAGCUCCUUAAUGGGGUAAAGUGAAGUAUUAAAGAUUAAUAUAUGGAACAUUUUAGUUUGUUCCUGUGGCAGAUAGAAUGAGUAUGACUUACAUGUUGACUACAUAUCUUUUUGAAUAUCAAGUGCUUAUCAAAAGUACUGCAAAAUGUCAAAAAAUGAAAGGUUUUUGAAUCUUUUGAAGCUUUUAAGUGGCAUAGCUAUCAAAAUGAUCUAAGAUGCUAAUCAGAAAUUUUGCUGCUUUCCAGUUAAGUUGAAGUCAUGUUAAGAUUAAUUUAAAGUGAUUGUAGUGUGGCAAUGCUUAUAAGAAUCAAGUGGCCUGAUUCCUUGUAUUGCAAUCUCCUAUUGUGUUACCAAGCUGUGUCUUGGCUGAAUCUUGUGUUAUUUAGGGUUCAGAUCAAUCAUGAAAUUGUAUUAUUCACAUUCUAUCAUUGUACAGAUCAUAGGAAAUGAAAUGUUGUUGGCAUAUUGUAGUAUUCUGAAAUGACCAAAGAGUGCACCUUUUGGCAGGUGUUUUGAGACUUGUUUGUAUUGUUUGGAUAGUAGUUUUAACAUGAGUAGCAAGCACUGAUGCCCUUGCUUGUAGAUCUGUGUGCAAGAAUGCAUGUAUGUAUGUGUGGGUGCAAGUGUACGUAUGUGUAAAUACAUAUAUAAAUAUAUUUGUGUCAGUUUAUUUUGUACUUAUUUGUUAACUCAUUAGAAUAACACUAUCUUGUUGAGCAACUGCAUUGUUUUAUUUCCUUUCUCAUUCCAACAUUUCCUGUCCUAAACGUUAAAUACUGACAUAAUAAUGAUUUGGUUAAGUACUUUAUGUGUUUAAGAAUAAUAUGUAUAAUUAUAUUAAGUUUCAGUUAAUAUUGAACAGUGAGCUCUAAGUGUUGGCUGGAUACAACACUGUACUAGGAAAUUGACUGUCUGCCAUGAUGGUGUCUAUUGUCCUCGUUAUUUCACAACCAUAUAGGAAUUAGAAUCUCCUUUUAACUUUAAACAUUUAUUCUUUUUAUGUUCACUAAAACUUGAUAAAAAGUUGGAAGUAACCAGUAUUUAAUACUUUGAAUAAAUGCAUCUUACCUGCAAUACUUGGUGGGGUGGGCAAAAGGGAAUGGGUUAGCAUUAUAGCUUGGUUUUUUGUGAAUUAGUUGGCAAUGCUGUCAAUGCUCUCAUUCUUAAUUAUACACCACUUGGAUAAUGAAUUCUGAAAUACAUACCUCCCAUAUGUUAACAUCUAGUAAGCAAUUUAAUUGAUUGAAGUAAGGUGUGUACUUUCUAUACUUUGUUGUUUUUGUUUAUAAACGUUUGUGUAGAGUUAAUUAAUUAAUGAAUUAAUUUUUUAAUUUAUUGUGAUCAUGCAUUGUUGAUUUGUCUUUGUACUCUAGCCCUGAUGAAGAAAUUAAAUAUUUCGAAACGUUGGCAUAACUAAUUGUCU